AUGAAGAAUAGUAACAAGGAACUAAAAAAGCAAUUUCAAAGUUAUAAAGAAUUUUGUUACAAACAACUAUAUUAUAAGAGUAACAUUUUAUGCCUAAAUAAUAAAGGUAUAUAUACAGACAUUGCAAAGGUAUUAAAAAAAUGUAGACAUAGCAUAGUCAAAAAAAAAUUACCAUUUAACUUAAUAAAAUUUUCAUCAAAAAUCCGUCGUUAUAAUGAUACAACAAAUUUAUUAAUAUUAGUAGGAGUAUAUAAUGUUUUUAUAUUACAAUUUACAGUUGCAAAUGCAGAGGAUUCGGUGUCACGACCUGUACAAGGUGAACAAAUGUCUAAUGGUACUACAACAGUCAACAUUACAAAAGAAGCAGCUAAGGUUGGGUUGAUGUCCGGCGUACAAAUCGCUCAGAUUACAAAAUGCAUGGUUGAAAGUAUUAUUGAUCUUAUUAAAUGCUUGAUUAAUAAAGGUACAAAAUUUGAUUGCUCAAAACGUACACCAUCUAAAAAAGCGAACGUAACAUAUUACUACAGCUGUCAGGAUGCAAAUUGUGAAUAUUAUUAUCAAUAUACACAACAUGGAGAAGAAAUGUGCAUAGAAAAUAUAGAUGAACACUCAGUAUCAUCAAUAGACUCAAUGGAAGACACGGAUUGUAAUGCACCAAAUCAAAGAGUUAAAAAGGGUGAGAAAGAGAAAAGCGAAGAGAAAAAUAAAGAAAAAAAAAAUGAUAACAAUAAGGGUAAUAAAAAGGACCAAAAGGAAAAGGACAAAAAAAAUUCGUCAAAUAAAACUCCUGCACUUCAAAGUAAAUGUUCAAAAAAUGAUAAUUUUACUGUGGGAUAUAAUCCAACACCAAAAUGA